AUGGAUACAUCAUUUGGAGAAGAGGAACGAUGGGCAGCAGCAAAUGCAGAGAAAAAUGCAGCAGAGGAGAUUGCAACAAUUGCAGAGGAGAAUGCAUUUGAAACAUUAUCUGAAUUUGAAGCCAUGGCUUAUGAAGGUUUUGAAGCCUUACGGGACGAUGAAGAAGCUCUCGUUCCUUUUAGGAUUGUUGAGCCUGGCAAGUGGGAGGCCUCCUGCGUCACCGACAACGACAUCCAGGAGCUGAAGCGCGCUGGCUAUCUGUCGGCCAAUGAAGUUCAUCACGCUCCAGAGAAGGGCCAAGUCAUCCCCACACCGAAGCAAGGCGAGAGGGUGGUGUUCAUCCCUAACUUCAUCUGGGGACUUGGCUUCCUGCUCCACCCCUUUCCUUGCCAUGCUCCCUUCCACUGUUUUCUCCGCCGUUCGUUCUCGUCUCUGCUCGCCUCGCUGCCGCCGCGCCAUCGGGGAACUUCGGUCUACCGUGGUGUCCGCGAAGGGACCUCCGGCAUCUUCUACGCCGAGAUUCGCUCUGACGACAUGCGCCUCGGCCUCGGCAUGUUCGACACCGUAGACGACGCCGUCCGCGCGUACGAUCCGGCGGCGUGGUGCCUCAACCGGCCUCGCAGGGACAUGGAUUUCCCCGAGGUGAUGACAAGGGAGUGGGCGCAGCGGCUCGCGCCUCCUCCGCGGGUUGUCAUCGAAGAGGACCGUCGCCAGAACCGGAGGUGGGACCGCCGCCUGGGCAUCGCUGAGAUGGACGAACAUGCCAUGGCGGCGUGGCGCCAAGAGUUCCUGCAUGACGUCCUCGACGAACGCGCAUUCUUCGCGCAAAGGAAGGCGGAGAGGAGGGCGAAGCGAGCCGCCUACCGUGAGGACAGGCGUACGCGGAAGCAAGCCGCACUCUUCAACAUGGAGCUCAAGGAAGCGUCGACUUGGUCCUCCGAUGAUGAUCGGUGGGCUAAGGACUUCAUCAGGAUGGAGGAGUUGGACACGAGCGCAUCGGAGGAAAACGACGAGGAGUAGUUUUUAUUAUUUUUUAUUAUGUAUGUUUUUAUCUACGAUGAACUAUCGAUGAGGAGUAGUUUUUAUUUAUGAACUAUAUAUGUGUUUGAUUUUCUUGGUUUUGUUUGGAGUGUAUAUAUUGUUUGUCUUGUUUGCGUGUACCCUUAGUUUGCAGCUUCUGCUAGUAUGGCUCCCGCGCGCUAUAGUUUUCAGCUGACGCUGAAGCCAGCGCUCGCCUGCGUGUAAAAAUCAAUUAUUUUAACGUUAUAAAGUGUUUUUUACGCGUGCAACGUGUUGAAGAUGCUCUAAUCUCUCGGUAACUCCAGAUCAAAACUUUGACAAAAGGUAUAAGCAAUGCACAAUAUCAUCACUUUGAGAAGUAUAUGCUUUCCAUAAAUUUAUGCAUUAUUUUGAAUUUAAGUUUGAAUAUAUGUGGUUUUGUAAGGACGCGCAUUCGUCCUUGGCCAAUCCAUGUCCCCGGACCUCCCUUGUUUGUCAAGAAAAGAAA